UUUGCCUUUUCCUUUUUUUCCCUUUCGGCACCUGAGACACGCGAACAUCGCCAUGGGACACCAGCAGCUCUACUGGAGCCACCCCAGGAAGUUUGGGCAGGGAUCUUGAUCCUGCUGUGUGUGCUCCAACCAGCACGGACUGAUCUGCAAGUAAAGCCUCAACAUGUGUCGCCAGUGCUUCCGCCGGUAUGCCAAAGACAUCGGCUUCAUUAAGAUGGAUUAAAUACUUGUCUACAGAAGUGGUUUGAGGCGACUGGCAAGCUGGAAUAUGUGGCUGGAUGAACUGUUCUUGCUAUCCUUACCGUUGUGAAGAGUUGUCCACCCUGACUCUCAAAUAUUUCUGUUUGUUAAUGCUGAUGUGUUAAUUAUGUGACAGUCAUAUUUUACACAGUUUGAUA